CCCCGUCCCUCCCUCUCGUCCAUUAGCAGGAAGAACAGAGCGCUGAGAGACGAGAAGAGACGAGACGAUCGAGGCAGACGGAGCAGAAGAAGAAAGAGAGAAGAAGAAGCUAAGCAUCAUGGACGCCCUGAAGAAAGGAUUCUCCAUGGCGAAGGAUGGAGUGGUGGCCGCCGCCGAGAAGACGAAGGCCGGCGUGGGCGAGGCCGCUGCCAAGACCAAGGAGGGAGUCUUCUUUGUGGGAAACAAGACGAUGGAGGGCGUGGUGACCGGCGUGAACACAGUCGCCCAGAAGUCGAACGAACAAGCUAACGUUGUAGCCGACACGGCGGUCGUCGGUGCCAACGAGGUCGCGCAGGCGGCGGUGGACGGGGUGGAGAACGCGGCCGUGGCGAGCGGCUUCAUCAGCACGGCCGACCUCCCAAAGACAGAAGCAGGAGAACAGACCGACCCGGCAGCGCACUAGGAUCUCGUCCUGCAGUCACUUCCUGUCGAAGAGAAGAACUUUACAUUUCAGCCGUCGCUCAGAAUAUUCUCUACUUUAACCUCAUUAACCGAUAGAAACCCGCGUUUUUAACAAUCUGACUGCACGUGGCUUUACUGACACAUAACAUACUAGAAACCACAUUAAUUCAUGUUUCUCAUCUCAACUGAGCUCAUUUCUUCUUUUACAAAACAACAGAAGUGAAAUAAAAUUGAGUUUGAAAUCCA